ACACCAUGCCCUUGACUUCCUACGAGAGGUGAUAGCCGAUGAGUAGCAUCCUGUAGCCUUGAGGUCAGUCAAAUCUCUGAAUUAAAGGUGAAUUGGUCGCCAUGGGGUUCAUACCAGAUGAGGGGAAGGUUCUCCCUCCUCCGGCGAUCCUUAACAGGAAUUCAUUCUGGCUCGCUGGCGUCGGCUGGUGCACGGCGAUGCUUCAUAAUGCCCUCAACCACAGGCCACCGCUGAAAUCAGGUGUUCACCGACAAGUCCUGCUGUCAACAAUCGGUUGGUUCAUCGGCUACCAUAUUACAAAGUAUGAAAAUUACACUUAUGCCAGACUUGAUCGUGACAUGAAUGAGUACAUUAGACUCCACCCAGACGAAUUUGCAGCGAAGGAAAAAAAGACCUUUGCAGAAAUCAUCGAGCCUUUCCAUCCCAUACGCUAAGUGUUGGCAGCUGGUGACAUGGAAGAGAGGGGGGAGAGGGAAAUAUUUCGCAGACUACCAUCUGUCUUUAGUGGUCUUUUUGUGAGCUC